CAAACUUUCCAGUUUCCACCCAAAAAGCCAACCCAUAUAUAUAUUACACUCCCCAAACCAACUCCACAGACACCCAAAAACACCAAAGAAAACCCCAAAAAAAAAAUUAAAAAAAUGGGGUGGUUAUGGGGAGGCAGAAGAGGGGUGAGCUGGAGAGAUCAGACGGUGGACUCAAUCACAGCGCCGCCGCUGCCAUUAAUGGUGCUUUUCGGGCUGGUGGCGUUUUUCAUGUGUUUAUCUACGUAUUUGGACUUUAAGGCGCAGGUGGCGAGGACGAAGAGCAGUUUAAGGAUGUUUCUGUUUUUGGUGCCUUUGUUGGUGGUCUUGUUGGUGUAUAUCAGGCUGGUUAGCUACCGGUUUUUCUAUCCGUAUGGGCGGCCGGUGUACCGGUCCGGCGGGGGCGGUGACGGCGGGAUUGCGCCGUGGGGGUUGGCGGUGCUGGUGGUUUUGCUUCUUGUCAUGGUUCAUUACCAGGUUUCUAUUCAGUCUAGCUGGUUUCCACUCAUGUAACUUUUGGUUAAGGCUUUUGCAUGCAUAUAUGAAGUGCUUCUAUAUGGAAAAUGAUAUAUAUAUAUAUAUAUACACUCUAAUGGAGUAUGACUUAUGUUACGUGUACAAAUUUUAUUGGAUAAAAAAAGUGAAAUAAUAAAAACAGUGAUCCACUACUUUUUGGAUUAAUCA